GCCCCUUUCACGCCCCGGUCUGCGGAUCGCGCCUCCACCGGUUCCCGAGACUUCCAGCGCGCUCCCAGGGGGUCACUUUUCGUCUAGUCUAGAAAACUGCUCUCAUGGCGGAGGUGAAGGUGAAAGUGCAGCCGCCGGACGCGGAUCCGGUGGAAAUAGAAAACAGAAUUAUAGAAUUGUGCCACCAGUUCCCUCAUGGAAUCACAGAUCAAGUAAUUCAGAAUGAAAUGCCUCACAUAGAAGCCCAGCAACGGGCAGUGGCCAUCAAUAGACUAUUGUCCAUGGGUCAGUUGGAUCUUUUAAGGAGUAAUACAGGCCUUUUAUAUAGAAUAAAGGAUUCUCAGAAUGCUGGUAAAAUGAAGGGGUCCGAUAACCAGGAAAAGCUAGUCUACCAAAUCAUAGAGGAUGCUGGGAAUAAAGGAAUAUGGAGCAGAGAUAUUCGGUACAAAAGUAACUUGCCGUUAACAGAAAUCAACAAAAUUCUCAAGAAUUUGGAAAGUAAAAAGCUAAUUAAAGCUGUGAAGUCUGUAGCAGCUUCCAAAAAGAAGGUUUAUAUGCUCUAUAACCUGCAGCCAGACCGAUCUGUGACUGGCGGAGCCUGGUACAGUGACCAGGAUUUUGAAUCGGAAUUUGUUGAGGUGCUUAAUCAACAGUGUUUCAAAUUCCUACAAAGCAAGGCAGAGACAGCAAAAGAAAGUAAACAGAAUCCAGUGAUACAGAGAAACAGUUCAUUUGCUUCAUCACAUGAAGUGUGGAAGUACAUCUGUGAACUGGGCAUCAGUAAGGUAGAGUUGUCCAUGGAGGACAUUGAAACCAUCUUGAACACACUCAUUUAUGAUGGCAAAGUGGAGAUGACUAUCAUUGCUGCGAAGGAAGGCACCGUUGGCAGUGUUGAUGGACACAUGAAACUAUACAGGGCAGUCAACCCGAUCCUCCCACCUACAGGCUUGGUCCGGGCACCCUGUGGACUCUGUCCCGUUUUUGAUGACUGCCAUGAAGGUGGUGAGAUUUCACCAUCUAAUUGUAUUUACAUGACAGAGUGGCUCGAAUUUUAAUAGAGAGCUGUGAACUUUAUUUACAUUUGACAAACUGAACUUCUUGGAGAGCACAUGAUUCAUGAUGGAGUGUCAAAUUUCUUUGAAAGCAUACUUCGAAAUAAUGGAUACUGACUUGCUGCUAUGAAAACAUUUAUUUAUGAAGAUCGGACACAAAGCAGAUUGAGUUUAAUAAAGUUUUAUUGGGAAGUCUCUUCUUCAGAAAGCAAAAUACCUUGAAGGUCUAGAAGACAAGCAAAGCCAUGCUGACCAAGUCCUGAGAUAAAGGCUGGUUCGAGAAGCUGUUCACUUGAGUUACUUCAUUGAAAACUUACCAGGUUUAUUACCACCAUUUGUUUGUUUUUUCUUGGGUUUUUUUGAGAAGAAAUUACAAGUGGUACAGGCAGGGACAGCUGGUGAUGGGAGUGUGUGCCAGCUCAGGGCCUGGGUGGUCAGGUGGGCAUUCCUUCUCCAUGCCAUCUGUUGCUCUUCACUGCUGUAGGCCUCCUUCAGGGGGGGGCGUGCCUCUACACCGACUUCUCCCAAAUGCUGCUGUCCAGGACUUGUUUCCACAUCGCUGAGAUUCCAUAUAAAGAAAAUCAUCUCACUGUUCCUUUCCUGUUAUCUCUGUAUGCCUUGAUUGUAUUAUUUCCUGGACUUUUUUUUCCAGAUUCUUAUUCCAUGCCUGUAGUGUGACUCUCUCUACCACUAGUGCCAAAUUCAAAUGUUAUAGUCUUAAUUCCUAUGUGGAAUGUGAUAAACGGGACCUUUGGAAGGUGACACAUGUGGGUAGAAUCCUCAUGAAUUGGAAUUAAGGUCUGUAUAGAAGAGACCAAAAAUGUUCUGUUACCCAACUGACAUGCAAGAACACAGGAAGAGAAUAAGGAAGCGAGCCUUCAUCAGACUAAGUAUUAAUCUUAGUGCAGCUGGGACUUCCCAGCUUUUAGAACCGUGAUAAAUUAUUUUCUGGAUAAACUGUCUAUCCUCGUCCUGUCAAAGCAGAUAGACUAGAUAGUAUCUAAUCUUUUAACUACAAUGAAACUAUCUGGGUGUGGUGAUGCAUUCUUUGUGUCCUAGCACUCAAAGAGGGAGAGAUAAGAUUGUGGUGAGUUCAAGGCCAGCCUAGUCUGAGUGAAUUCCAGGUCAGUCAAGACUAUAUAGGGAGAGACCCUGUCUCACACAUAAAAGUAAAAAUAGAACAUUGUCCUUCAUUCCCUCUCUGAGGGGUGGUAACCAGUUUUCUGCUGGUUCCCUUUUCUCUUAUUCUUCAAAAAACAACUGUGGUGUGACAAAUCUAAGCAGAAAGCCAUCACUGUGUACUUUGUCAGUCCAGGCUCUCUGCUGCUAGAAAACAUUAAUUGGCUUGCUACUGUACAGAAGAUAGCCAUAACCAUACGCCUUUGAAGGAGCUCAGCAAUGUGGAUUGUCUGUUUUUGUUUUUUGAGACAGGGUUUCUCAGUGUAGCUCUGGCUUUCCUGGAACUCUGUAGACCAAGCUGACCUUGAACUCAAGAGAUCUGCCUGUCUCUAUUCCCAACAGCUUUGAUUAAAGAUGUGCUACCCCCACAUACUUUUCUUUCUUUCUUGUUUUUUUUUUUUUU